AGCCUGAAGGCAAAAGAGGCUUCCAAGGCAGGCAGGCUCCACAUCCAUCUUCACCCCUAAUAUUUUGUUCUGAUCAUAUUCUGAGACGCCUCUCUCUCUCUCUCUCUCUCUCUCUCUCUCUCUCUCUUCCCCCUCCCCCACUACCAACUAAGCAAAAUCACAGCCCCACUCGCUGCUAUAACUCUAAUGGCAGUUCCAGAUGUGGCUCCACCACCCGCGCUUCUCCUGCUGCUCUCCAUUACCGCUUCGCUCUGCACGGCUGUCGUCAGAGGCCAAGUCAUGGGCGUCGGAGGAGCCAGCUGGUGUGUUGCCAGAAGCGACGCUAGCAGCCAGGCCCUCCAAACAGCCCUCGACUACGCGUGCGGCUCCGGUGCCGACUGCCAUCCCAUACAGUCCGACGGCCUCUGUUUCCUGCCAAACACCAUCCAAGCUCACGCCUCCUACGCCUUCAACAGCUACUAUCAGCGCAAGACCCGUGCUCCCGGCUCUUGCGACUUCGCCGGCACUGCCACUAUUGCCCAAACUGACCCCAGCUAUGGAUCUUGCGUGUAUCCGACUUCGUCCAGCACUGCUGGAGGGACGAAUAUACCAAUCACAACACCGCCGUUGAUCAACCCAAAUGUGCCAACUCCGACCACAACAUCACCCUUCUUCGGCGGGGGCGCAGCUGGUGGCGGAAUCAAUCCGGGGAUGACCUCUCCUGUGCCUGACAAUUCCAGAGCAACCUUGGCAACGGCCAACGCCAGUUUAGUUUUAUCUUCUCUUUUCUUGUUACUUACUUACCUUUUGAUUCUAGCGUAGUAGGGUUCUGGGUUUAGGGUUUAGAGAAGCCUCUUCCUGUUCAUAACCACACAUCUCUACGCCACACAUCUCUUCCUGUUCAUUUUCCAUUUUUAAGGUUAUGAAUAAGGCUGGCUGUUCAGGGAAAAUGAGCAUAGCUAGGGUUGCAGCUAGGCCUUUACUAGAAAUUCUAGAUUGAUAGACACCUCUCCCCCACAAAAAACACCAAAAAAAAAAAAUCAAUUCAAUUAGUUUUUUUAAAGGUUGUCUUACGGACAUUGUAUUUCAUAGACACUUCAAUAUUAUUAGUAUAUUAUUCAGUAUUUUUUUUUC